CCCUUCUCGCCUAGGGGCCUUCAGGUAGGAGGUCCUGGAUGACUUUGGACGUCCGCACUGACUAGGAGCGGUGACUUCGAUCGGCCUUGCAGGCUUGUUCUCAUCUUCCCGGCCCAAGGUCUCUCCCGCAGCCAUGCUCCGCCAGAUCUUCAAUCAGGCCAGGAAGCACCCUAGCUUGAUCCCACUCUUCGUGUUUAUUGGAGCGGGAGGUACUGGCGCAGCGCUCUAUGUCAUGCGUCUGGCUUUGUUCAAUCCAGAUGUCAGUUGGGACAGAAAGAAUAACCCAGAACCCUGGAACAAAUUGGGUCCCAAUGAUCAAUACAAGUUUAUUCUAGAGAAAAUGAGUCUACAUCCAACCAUUAAAAUGGAAGACAAAAAUAGGACAUGAUCCUUCAUCAAAGGUCAUAUUGGAGUCUUUGGAAAUGCAUAGUUCAAAAAGCUCCGUGGGUGACUGAUAAUUCCAGUUACCAGUGCCCUUGAACAUGCUAUGUAAACUGAGAAUGGAACGUUGAAGCUAUGUAACUGAAACAGUGAGAAGCUAUGUAAACUGAAAAUGGAACGUUGCUGCAACCAAAGUCUAAUGUGUUGGAAUAGAUUGGGUUUUGGAUAGUUAUUCACUGGUGUUAGUGAUUGGAAAGAUGGAUCAUAGUACAUAAUGGCAAAAUAUUUAAUAAAAUUGAUCUAACAUGGUACGUAAACCCUGUUCCUAAGGAACUUCUUAUAGAAAAAGAUUUGGAAACAAGAAUUUAGUGUGCUAAUGCUGAGUAUGUUUGCCAAAAGAUGAGCUAACAGAAGAAAUGGGAGAUUUGUCAAGAGAAAUAAGUGGAAACCAAACCCAGAGACUUGAAAAGGGUAAAGUAAAUGAAGCCUGCUACUGCUGCUCAACCCAGAUAAUGAAUUAGACCAUAUUUUUCUGUCAUUCACUGACCCUCAUUUGAAAAAUUUCUUUUUAUGGUCCAUUGACAUCAAGCUUGGCCAUGUGACUUGCUCUGCCAAAUUAUAAGUGAGGAGAAGUACAUCUGCUACUUUUGAACCAGUGUCUGGCUUCCUCAUUGUUCUUUCCUGUCCUGAGACCAGAUGAACUACUCAUUCAUCCCAGGAUUGAAUGAAGAUAACAUGGAGCAGUCUUUUUAUAAAUGGCAUACAAUGAGUGAAAAAUAAACCUUUGUUGUUGCAAGCCACUAAGAUUUGGGAGUUAACUUAAAGUCUAACAAAAGCCAACUAAAUGCAAACAAGGGAGGGAUUAAAAUAGAAUUUUAAGCAUCAAAGACCCAACAACAUUUCUCACCUGACUGCCCUAUACCGUGCCUUCCCAACUGUCCUCUAUACCGUGCCUUCCCAACAUCCCUCCAGAGACCUUUAAGGUAGCCAUGAUUAAAAUGAGAAAAAGGAUAAAGACAUAAAAGCUGAAAAAUAUAGCAGAUUUGAAAUUUAAAUUCUACAGGGAAUUUUGAUACUGGCAUAUGGAACUGAAUAGAAACUCCAGAAAUCUGUUUAGUUUUGAGAAAACUGGAAAGGUACCGUGACCUUCCCUUUCUGCCUGGGUAUAGAGCCAUAAUCCAGCCACUUACUCAGUUUUUGGCAAUUCGUAAAACUUCAGUUGCCUCUUUUAUGAAGGAAGAAUGAAUAAGGUUAUAAUUAAGUUAACCAUAAAACAUUCUGACCACAGUGCCUGCAGCUAUUCAAAAAGCCCAAUAAAUGUUUAUUUUUUUAAGUAUUAUUUUCUAGUUUCAGUUGCUUCAUAAGAGAACACUGCCAGAAUGAAAAAUACUGCUUUAUGGCUUAUACAUAAUUCCUUUUUUUAAAAGUCCAUGUAUGUGUAUCUUGAGGAUAACCUUUAUAGCCUAGGAUUUUUUUUGUAGGUCAAGUAAAAUAAGAAUUUUUCAGUUAGAAGUGAAGAGGUUAGCUUUGUUCGGAAAAAUAAAGGUUUGAAGAAAAAUGGACUUAGAUUUUUGAACUUCUUGCUUUAUAAAAAGCCAGAAGAAAAAGUUUGAUGUUUCUGCAGUUUCAGCAUUAGUAUUUUUGGAGUUAAAUGAUAUAAUCUUUAAUUUUAGCACAACCUCUGUCAUUUUUUUUGUUUUUGGCACAAGACUGAGCAAACCCAAGAUUGUAGUCUUAUUUGGGCUUAUGUGCAAAUCUUAGUGCUUUCUUUGUAGAAACUCGGGAACAGAGUUCAAAGAUAAAUCAUUAAAGUUCAAAUUUGAACAGUGUCAAAUAAAAAUCAUUAAAGUUACUGAGAGGGCAAUUUUUUAAGGCAAUAAUAGUCUUAUUUCUAAAAUUAAUUUUAAUUGCAUAUAAGGAAUUUUCAGAAAUUAUAGCUUUUAACUGUGCAGUUAUUUGAAUAAGAUACUUAAAAACAAAAAUAAAGUAUUAUGUAAAAGCUCUUUUUACUAUAGGAUGGCCUAGUGUUGGUUUGAUACUGAUGAAGUCUGUCUUAGAAAAUUAAGGAAACUUCUAAAUGAGAGAGAAAAUGGAAAAACCAUUGCAGCAAGUCAGUUUGUAGGUGAGAAGUUAAUGUAAGCAAACAACAAAGCAUUACCUUAUAUUGCUAGCCUAUUUUUGUUGCUAUAAAUCUCUUACUUAAAUUACAGCACUUCACUAAUCAAGUAAGGAUGAUAAUCCUUAGUAUUCCUCUAUUUUGGACAGUCACCCAUUCAAUUAGAGAUGGAAGUGAAAGCAUAAGAAUUGAAGUAUUAGAAGACAUUCUUACUCACUGUGAAAUUAAAGAAUUUUUUGUUUCUAACAUACUAACACUUCUAAAGUAUAUUAAAUAUUUUAACCUCACUAAAACUAUCAUUAAAGGACUGAAAUGUUAGUAUCUUUUACAUUGUUAAUAUUCUUGAUAAAAAAUUAAUGUCUGUAAUGUUACUACAGAAAGUUGAAUAAAAAUAAUUUUAAAACUUACCAUCUCUGUGUAUUUUGACAGAUUAUCUAAAAUAUCUUUUUUCUU